AUGACAACAACAACAACACCAAGAAGCAUUUCAUCAACUUCUACUUUCCUUUUCUCUCUUUUCCUUGUAACAUAUUUCUUCUCCUCCUACCCAAAUGAGCCCGGCCCGUCCUCAGCCCUACGGACCACCGUCCUCACCGUCGUAGGGCUGUCCAUAGUGUCAAUAUGCUUGGUCGUGGUGGCGCGUACCACCAUGGUUGCUUGGAUUACUGUCCUUGUGGUGUUGGCAUUUUCCGGGACACGGCGGCGUGUUUUGGUUCAUGAUGGGAGGAAGAUUACUGUUGAUGUUGCAAUGAACUUGAUUAAAGUCAUGUUUAAGGAAAGACAGUUUCUUACUGUUGUUUGUGCUGCUGUUGUAAGUCUUUUGGCCAUGGCUCAAGUAACAAGAGUCUAG